UCAGCUUCGAGUGAGAGAAGCUGGAGGAUGGAGAACGGCCAUGAGGAGAGAUUUUCCGGAGUGGGUCUCGAAGAUUCUCCUCGCUCGCCCGAAAACGAUUUCAAGAACGACGGCUUGUUACAGGUCAUCAAAGCUGUUGAAGCGGCUGAAACCACCAUCAAGCAGCAGGUUGAGGAGAAUAGCCGUUUAAAGGCUGAGCUUCAGAGAAGCACUUUGGAACUUGCUAAAUAUAAAUCAGAUGAAUCCUUGCUCCAAACAUCUAAUCUUGGAGAUCUCUCAAAUGCCACCACUGUGUCUCGCAUGGUUCACCAGCCAGUCGACUGGAAGCAGGGUGUGGUCAAAGCUUCAGAUGCUGAUUCAACUGGCAUGCUGGUUGUUCACCCGCAUGUGAACGCUAUUGGCGAAGAAGCUACUGUGAGUCCCUCUGAGGAAAACACGGCUAAUGGCAAUGACGGAGGAGCUAUACGUGGUACCGGUCCCUCUCAGUAUCAUUUUUCAUCUACAGUAUCAUCAUCUCCUAUGAGAACGCAGUUGGAAGGAGAGCAUGUCCCACAUAUCAAUUCAUCUACUCAUCGAGUUAUGCCAGCUGGUGAAGUAAUUGAUUCGGGCAAUGCAUGGAAGCAGGACCUCACUCAAAAGGUCCAGGAACACGAACAAGAAAUUUUGCAGUUGAGGAGAUAUCUUUCUGAAUGUUCUGUUAAGGAAGCUCAAAUUCGCAAUGAAAAAUAUGUUCUGGAAAAGCGAAUUGCCUACAUGCGUCUGGCAUUUGAUCAACAGCAAGAAGAUCUUGUUGACUCUGCAUCAAAAGCCCUCUCUUACAGACAAGAGAUAAUUGAGGAAAACAUACGCCUUACAUAUGCCUUAGAGGAUACACAGCAAGAGAGAUCUACAUUUGUAUCUUACUUGUUGCCUCUUCUAUCGGAGUAUUCUCUACAACCUCAGGUUUCUGAUGCACAGUCUAUUGUUAGCAAUGUGAAGGUUCUGUUUAAGCAUCUACAAGAAAAGCUCCUUCUUACUGAGACAAAGUUAAAGGAGUCAGAAUAUCAAUUAGCACCUUGGCAGUCAGAUGUGAACCACUCAAAUGAUUCCCCUUUGGUCCCUUCGCGCGCAGCUGGUGUAGCGUUAACCCACUCAACGAAGGAUUCCCUAUAUUCCCAUGAUCAAACAGCCAUAGACUGGGAUUCAAAACGCUGGCGUCAAGAUGAGCCACGUAGCUCAACUAUGGGGAACGGGUGA